AUGUCGUGCGCAUCCACCCAGCCAAGUAGGAUCUAUCUCUAUUUACUGGACUGGAGCGAAAAAAAAAAAAAAUUGCUGCUCCAUGAUCUGUUUCGACGAAGGGGUGAAAGCGUCACAAGUGCCCUGUGUGCCAUGCAGGAACCAGGUUACGCCAACUGA